AUGAACAAUUUUAAUGAUGAUUUAUAUCCAUUGGCUUUAUUAAUGGAUGAAUUAAAACAUGAUGAUGUUUCAAAUAGAGUAGAAGCUAUGCAAAAAUUAGAUACUAUAGCAAUUGCAUUAGGACCAGAUCGAACACGUAAAGAAUUGUUACCAUUUUUAAAUGAUGUUGCACAAGAUGAUGAAGAAGAAGUAUUUGCUGUAUUAGGAGAAAAAUUAGGAGAUUUUAUUUCAUUAAUUGGUGGUCAUGAAUAUUGUGAACCUUUAAUUUCAAUUUUAACAAUUUUAGCAUCAAUGGAAGAACCAUUGGUUAGAGAUAAAGCAAUUGAAUCAUUAAAUAAAAUUAGUUUUGAAUUAAAUGAACAAGAGAUUAAUGAUAUUUUUUUACAAUUAAUUCAAAAUUUAAGUCAAGGUAAUUGGUUUCUGAAAAAAAUCGCCAGUUGUGGAUUAUACAAGUCAGUAAUUACAAGAGUUGAUUUAAAUACAAGACAAAAUUUAUUAAAAUUAUAUUUAAAAUUAAUUGUUGAUGAUUAUCCAAUGGUUAGAAGAGCUGCUGCAACUAAUUUACCAAAAAUUAUUAAUUUAUUAACUGAAUUUACUGAAUCAAAACCAAAUGAUGUAAAUAAAAUUACUAAUGAAGAUUGGGAAAUUAUUAGUAAAAUGUUUCAACAUUUAAUUAAUGAUGAUCAGGAUUCUGUUAAAUUUUUAUCAGUUGAUGUAUUAAUUUCAAUUUUAGACUUUUUUCAAAAAAUUAAUGAACAAAGUUUUAAUAGUGAUUUUUUAACAAGUGCAUUAAAAUUAAUUAAAGAUGAAAGUUGGAGAGUUAAAUAUACAGCUGCUGAUAGAUUUGAUAAAAUUUCAAUAAAUUUUAUAAAUAAUGAAUCUGAUUUAUAUCAAUUAAUUGAUCCUUUUAUUUCAUUAAUGAAGGAUCAUGAAGGUGAAGUUAGAAAAGCAAUUGCAAAACAAUUACCAGGAUUUUGUAAACAAUUGACAAAAUUUCCAUCAACAAAAGCUACAAUAUUAACUAAAAUUAUCCCAAUUGUAAAUGAUUUAAAUCAAGAUUCUCAAGAAUCAGUAAGAGCAAGUUUAGCACUGGUUAUCACUGAAUUAUCACCAAUUUUAGAAAAACAAUCAACAAUUGAUAAAUUAUUACCAAUAUUUUUAAUUAUGUUGAAAGAUGAAAAUUCUGAAGUUAGGUUAAAUAUUAUUUCAAAUUUAUCAAUUGUUAAUGAAACUAUUGGAAUCAAUUUACUAAGUACAAAUUUAUUACCAGCAAUAACUGAAUUAGCUCAAGAUAAUAAAUGGAGAGUUAGAUUAGCUAUAAUUGAAUAUAUUCCAAAAUUGGCAAAUCAAUUGGGAGAAUCAUUUUUUAAUGAAGAAUUAUUGAAUCUUUGUAUGUCAUGGUUAUGGGAUCCAGUAUUUGCAAUUAGACAAGCAGCAGUAGUUAAUUUAAAAGAAUUAACAAUUAUAUUUGGAUCAAAUUGGGCUCAAAAGGAAAUAAUAAACAGAUUAUUAAAUAAUGAAAAUGAUUCAGAAGAAAAGGUUGAUUAUUCAAAUUUCAUAAUUAGAAUUACAUGUUUAUUUACAAUUAAAGAAUUAAUUCCAGUUAUUGAUUAUAAUAUAUUGAUUGAAAAAAUUUUACCAUUUAUUAAUAGUUUAAUUCAAGAUCCAGUACCAAAUAUAAGAUUUAAUUUAGCAAAAACUUAUUAUAUAUUAGUAAGUUCAUUAAUUGAAAUUUCCAAAAAUUCAAAUAUAAAUCAACAAGAAUUGAAAAAUUUGAUAGAUUCAGAGAUUAUGAAUAAUUUAAAAUUAUUACAAAAUGAUCUGGAUAUUGAUGUACAAUAUUAUUCAAACCAAAGUAUUGAAGAUAUAAAUAAUCUAUUAUAA